GGCAGUGCUGUAAUGAAAGAUUAACACUGAUCACCAAACCUGAUUGUUGCAGUGUGCGCGUUCGUCUGUGUAUGAGCUCAAUUCACACACAACCACAUACUUUCAUGUGGUCAGACCAGAGGAAACAUCACCAGCUCCCUCCCCACCACUGCCGGGUUUUCAGACUUCUGUUUCACAACGCGCUUUAUCUUUUUGUCAUCUUUUUCAUUGUUGGAAUUUCCAUCUCCCCUUGCCCUCUUGUUGUCUUUUUUCUCUCACUAUUUCUGUCUUGGGGGCUUAUCCUUACUCUCCAGUCUUUAUUCUCCUGCAACUACGUCUCCAGUGAUGUCGUCUCUUCUGAGGGAGGAGAUGCAGAGAGUUUUAUUCCGACCUACAAAACAGAGACUGGUGGAGUUUAUUGAGAUUGAAGAGCCCUUGCACGGAAGACAUUUCCUCUGUGUCUCAGUUGCCAAGGGGAAAGUGGUUCAGCUGUGUAUAGUGCGAUGUCAGAUAUCUCAGACGCCCCUGAAGUCUGGCUCCAAGAAGUCCCACACCACACGCUCCUGCAUACAGGAGUGCUACCGGAGGACAGAGGUCUGGUUCCUGCAAGAUCUGACUCUAGUUGAUGGGAGAGAUGCUGAUGUGGAUGACCCCUGUUUCCUGCUGCACUUUGACAAGGUGCGUACGGUGACGGCUGUCAGCUGCUCAGCCAAAUACGCUUUUGUGCGGGCCCUGGUGGCUCUCAGCGACCAGCACUGCCAGAGACAACUGAACCUGCGGAACUUUGACUGGGCCUACAUAAAGCCCACAUCCUUUUACUCAAACAGGGGAGACUGCGUGGUUUUAACACAGAUAUGCUUCUAUGCAUUCAAUCUGGUGUGUCUGUCCAUGUGUCCCGUGCCCCUAGAUGCAUAAUACAGUAGAAUGACACAAUGAUAGUGUGUGUGUCAGUAAAGGUGUGUGUAUGUAAAAAAGAAAGAAACAAAAAACAACACAAAUUAGCAGGUAAAAUGUAUCAAACUUGCUGUUAUACAGAUGUGUGGAGUAAAGGUAGGCUUAUGGGUCCUAUUGUAUUAAAAAUGAUGAGCUAUUCAUCAGAAACUAUCGUUUGCAUUAAUAUUCUGCUAAAUCUAGAUUCAACCAAUUCAAAAUUGUCAACUCUGUUCUCUUUUUGUGAUCUU